AUGAAAUUGUUGGCAGGCCUUCUGGCGCUGAGCGUGUUGGCAGCAGUGGCCACAGCGACCACGCCCACAUGUCCCGAAGAUGACGGCGCCACGCCCGUCUUCUAUCCAGACGACACGGACACACACGGCUUCUGGGAGUGCAGCAACGGCAAAGCUGUCCACUUGGAUUGCCCUGCUGGACUCGUCUGGAACUCCAAUAUCAACGCCUUGUUGGCAGGCCUUCUGGCGCUGAGCGUGUUGGCAGCAGUGGCCACAGCGACCACGCCCACGUGUCCCGAGGAUGACGGCGCCACGCCCGUCUUCUACCCAGACGACACGGACACACACGGCUUCUGGGAGUGCAGCAACGGCAAGGCUGUCCACUUGGAGUGCCCUGCUGGACUCGUGUGGAACGCCAAAAUCAACGCCUGUGACUGGCCGCCCUCGAGGAAGUAG